CAGCAGUCCUUAUGACGACGACAAUUGAUGGGAUCCAUGGAUGUGAGAUCCAACCCGACCUCAGACCAUCCAUUUCCUAAGGUAACCUAGUUAAUGGUAUGGACUACCUUACCUUAUUUUCUUUGCUCUUCCAUUUUCCUUCCUUUCCUUUCGACUUUCGACCUUGGAGUCUUUUUUUGACUUUUCCUCUGGAAUUAAUCCUAGUCAACCCCUCCCCUUCCUUUUUCUUUCCUGCCCCAUCCUCUUCUAUAUCCAUCGCUACUCCGGCCUCUGCCAGCUCCUAUCCUUGGCCCGUGGCCGAAGACAUCCAUACAUUAUCACCACUCCAGGCGCCUCUUUUGUCUUAUUUAUCAUCCUCUCCUUUCCUUCGUCCUCAAAAGGCUCGGCCUACGACUGUCUCUCGCUCCUCUUCCCCUUGUCGUCUCCGGGACCACCGGAUCAAAAGCUUAUACUCACUCGCCUCGUAUUGUUGAAGUCUCAAGCCUCCUGCUGGCUCUCGUCUCGACAACUUUUCUCCCGCUCUGCGUUGCUGGGCAUCGCCUUUGCCCUCAAAUCCCCCAUGCUUGGCAGUAUAUCAGCAUGCCUGCGACUGUGAUCUAGAUCUCACAUGUUUCUCUGCUCCUUAUCGAGCUGGCCCGUCUUUUCGGCCUCACAACGACGUCAUCUUGAAUAUUGGUCUCAUCAAAGCCGUUGAUUCAUUCCCUCGCCGCCGAUUAUCCGAUCGAAUCUCAGCUCGUACCGUGAUAACUCCCUCCACGUACGCUCCAUUUGCCUCUACCUCUGCCUUUGCAUCCUCUUCCUCUUCCAAGGAGUUCUGUCUUGCGUGACUGUCUGCAGUAUCUACAGUACAUACCCAUCAAGUACAUCUCCGGCCGAACUGGAACUAGUUGUACAUGGCGCUCAGCCUCUAAGUACAUUCCUCAGCCAUUCUCCAACAACGCUCUACCGCCGCCAAACCCAAAAUAUUUGGACUCAGCGACCGACUCGACGCCAGCCGCAUCCACAUCCACAUCCACAUCCCGCUCUGACUCUUGACUCUGACGACAACGCAUGCGGGGGCUCCUUUCAGCUUGACUCGUUCAAUAUUUUGCGACAUUGCAUAAGUGUGGCCGAACGAACUGAGACAUCUUGACGUCGAGACGACCCUGUCACCCAGUCCACGGUUCACAUCUUUAUAUCGUUUUCGGCCUCCUUUCAAGGAACCCUCAUUUGUUUUCGAAUUGAGAGUGUGGUGUCGUGUGCAUCUCCCCUGACGGCAUGCUCGCCAUCUAUACAUGCUGAACCACUUCUCCGUCUCUGCUGAUUUGGGGAACUGCAAUUCUCGAGCCUUGAAAGCCAGCGACAAUCUUGUGGUAGUUUCGUCCAGGAGUUGUCAACAUGAGCGCCGAAAAGUGGAAGAGAAGGACUCUUCCUACCCUCAGGACGCCCCCUGUACCAAUUCCUACCGAUGGUAAUAAGGGAUUCGAUAAUGUCGACGGAAAGAAGCCACGCGUCUUCUCGAAAGCUCUUCGUUCUCUUAGCAAUUCCUCGAUGGAAUCCAUGUCACAGAGCCCAUCUCGAAGCUCUUCCUCCAUUCGACGUCUACAGAAGACACAUUCAGGGUCAGGGUCCAUGAUCGACAGGAUACAUCGUCGAGUAUCGAUAGCUUCACCCAUGAGCGCAUCCGCCCCGGAAUUUCCAUCAGUUACUCCCGAGGUCCCCUAUUCGUCCAUGGAGCUUAUACAAUACGGACCACUGAAGACUGAUGUCUCGCUUCUUAAGGCCCGCGCCGAAUAUCUGGUUCUUACAGAUACCUGUCUGAUCAAGUUCGGGAGUAUGGAAGGAGCAAGAGCUGCUUUCCCACAGAUAAAAUCAGGCAGCGGGACACUGAAGCCCAGCAGUGCACAUCACCAUUCUCACAAGUCGUCGUCCGACGUGCGGAUAGAAAUACCCUUGCGAUCCAUUGUUGGCGUUUUCAAUGAAGAAGGUUCAAGUCCUCGAUUUGGCGUCGAGAUAUGGUGGUUCUCCCAGUGGCCAAAGCUUGCGUAUUCCAAGACGCAUCUAUUCUUCAUGUUGCCUAAGGAUCGGGAUGACUGGCUGGCCAGUAUUCAACAGGCUUGUAGAAUGAGCCAUAGGCGAGCUCCUUCUCCCUCCUUGAUCCCUGGCAAUUUGAAAGCGAGAAUCAACCAUAUUGUGGAAACCACGGAACCAGACUCGAAUGCCAACGCCUCUAAGAUAUUGACUUUUCCCGUGGUCAAACGUACAAUAGGCUCACCUCAGAAGGCUAAUUCUGCUGAUGAGUCUCAGCACUUUGUGGAUGGCUCGUCCUUCUACAUCGUCAUUGGACCAGCUAUGUUGUAUUUCCUCGAGGUUCUCAAGGCAGAUUAUGCGACUACCCCUGGUGACCUGCGCGUAAAGGUGCAGUCCUACGGUACAGUCUCACUCAUUCGAUUCCGAGCGUCUGUUGCGUCACACGAACAAAGGUUUGUGAUGAGCUUCCGGUUACCACUAGGCCGCGAGAACAGACUCGAGCUUGCUAGUGUACAUUACAGACAUGUUAUCGAGGCGAUGACUAAAGUCGACCGAGAAUUGAAACCCAUGUGGCCACAGCAUUUGCAAAAGGCAAUAUUCGAUAUCAAAGGCCUUCCUCCACCACUUCAGUUGACAUCUGGAAAUGAUUUGGGAGGUCUCGAGCGAAGUCUGCACGCCUAUUGCGCUGCUUUCAAGGUCCAGGUGCCAAGAUGGACCAUCGAAUGGAACACUCCCUCUCAGCCAGCAUUUCGCCUUUUACCUCCUGGCGCACAACCAUAUUCUACAUUGCAAUUACUUGCACUAUUCCGAGCCUUGCGUUAUAACAGUUACUUCAAGGAGCUCUCCUUCCGCAAUAUUGAUCUAUCAGGUAUCGCAGGAAAGAAGGAUUAUUCCCAUUUCGGCGACACUAUCGCCUACACAUCACUAAACGGGGUCAAAAUAUCUGAAGAGCAUUAUGACAUUUUGAUGCAGUCUUCUGUUCUCAGUCAAGAGAUGCAUGCCCUGGCAUUUUCAUCGGAAUCGAUCCGAAGUAUGGAUCUGAGAAAUAUUCUUGGCCCACGAAGCACCAUUGGCCGCUCCAAGGACCCUGAUGGCUCCCGGAGAGUCAGUUCCGAGGUUCUUCGACCCAUCCUGCUGUUGCUGAAGCGUCAAGCGUGUCUUUGUCACAGCAUCACCAUGUCUGGCAAUCUCAUUGCAUCAGGCGACAUUGAGGAGCUGGCAAACUUACUCGUCCUUGAUGAGGUGUACAUGAAGAAACUCGAUCUGUCUAAUUGUGGACUUGGCGAUGAGGGUCUUACUACACUCUGGGCCGGAAUUCCAGGUCAGGGCGCCAAUCUUCAACAUAUCGAUACUUCCGAAAAUCAAGGCACGGUCAAAUUCGAAACCAUCCGGGACUCGCUUAGUCAACUACGAGCCAUAAGAAAACUGAACAUCGCUGGCAACACUCGACUCCCGUUUGAUGUUCCUUUGUUUGAGGAUCAUGUACUGAGCUCAUGGAGUCUGGAGGAGCUUGACUUAUCUGGCAUCGCUCUCAAUAGCCCAACUGUGGAUAUUCUGACUGCAUAUCUGGCGUCACAGAAUUCCGAAAACCUCAGAGUGCUUCGUCUGAGCAAAUGUGGUCUAACGGGUGCUCAAAUAGCCCAGAUGUUUUAUGCCAUGGGUCAGGCUCGACAAAUUACAUUGUACAUCAACGGCAACCGCUUAGACGAGGGCAUAGAUGAUUUGUGUGCUGUCAUCAGCGAAUGUUUUGGCCCUUGGGGACUAUUCGUGCAGAUGGUAGAGUUUGCCUUGGAAGCUAACUACAUCAAACUUUUGAAGGCAUUAGCGGUCAACCAAACCAUUGAAUGUCUGAGUCUUGCAGGUACUGCUACCCCUGACUCGGCCAGCGAAACGGCCUGCAGAGCGCUUUCAGAUCUUUUCUCUCAAAACCAUACGAUUAGGUUCCUUGACCUCUCUGGAUUUGAUGCCAAGCUGGAUGAAGGUCGUCUUGGACGGGAAUUCUCCAAGGCCUUGAGUGGACUAAGGUUCAACACACGGCUUGAGCACCUUCGCGUGCGAAGCCAAUUGCUGAACGUGAACAUCGGAGACCUGGCUGAAGCCAUCUCUGCUAAUAAAACCCUUCACAGUCUUGACUGUGAGGGCAAUGAUUUCAAUCUUUCGAAUUUUAGACAUCUCGUCCGACAUUUGAGUGACAAUACGACGAUCCGCUAUUUUUCGGCUUUCUCGGAUCGCGAUCUCGCCCAGACAAUACAAAAGUCGGUGGACAACGCCGUGGCUACGGCGACCUCGGCGCGCAGGCAAUCUAUGAUCUCCAAACUGCGUCACGAAAAGGUGCCCCAAAGUAUUAGUGAGCCUCUAGCACAGCAGCUGCGAGAUGGCUGGGAAGACGCAGUCCGAACCCAACAAGAGGUUCUUGAGAGAAACCAACUCUUAUUUGAAGAAGGCGAAGAUGGUCGCUACGACUCAGGCCAAGAUGGCUAUAUGUUAUGCGAUGGUGAAGAAGACUUCUCUAAAGCAUUUGGCGGUUUGGCGCUACGGGCUUUCGAAUCCAAGAGGGCUAUGAAUCGUCGCGCUUCCAACCCUUAUCUGAACAAUAAGAGAGCCAGUAUGAUCUCACUGGGCCCAGCUCGUUUGGUCAGCGCCGAACCAGGUGCCAGAGUGAUAAGGUCUUGGUCAAGAUCUUACUCAAUUGUCUCGAGCGAGGGGGGUAUCAGCGCUGCAGAGAGUCCAAGCACAGGAUCAGCGAUCCCCACACCUCCUGAGCCCGAGAGCCCCGUAGAAAAGGAGUAUCUGGUAGAGAAUCAACAAGACGGGAACGAAGAGCCGCUCGAUUACGAAUACAGCUUUGCAGAUCCGCAUGAUCCUGACUUUGGGCUUGAACUGCGAGCCCAUCGACGAUUCUGGAGUGACGAAGCUGGCUGCAUCGAGGAAGAAGAACAUGGAGUCCAGUUUGAGGAACGGCACACGUGAGAUGAGGAUAACGAACUCUAAUGGACAAUUGAGUGCAGAGAAGGUGGCAUUGUGGUCGACUCUAUUCCGAUCAUUCCGGAGUUCUUUUUGUGAUGUUUUCACUUGGGAUAAGGGGGCAGGCGUUUAUGAGUUUCUGGUAUGAUUGAUGGUUGGCGGUUUAUGCAGGUUUUGCGUAUAAGUUACUCUUGAUACCCUUCGCUAGUUUGAGUUUUUAGAUGAGUUGAGUUCAAUAUCAGUCUUCAAUUGUCUCAGUUUAAGCUACUUACUACGUACACUGAUG